AUAUUAUAAUCACAUUCUUAAUACAGAAUUGAACAGAAUACAUAUUAUACUGUAUAACUUAUACUAAUAUUGUGGAUACAUAAUAAAUUUAAUAUUAAUGCAAAUAUUUGUAAAAACAUUAACUGGAAAAACCAUCACUCUUGAUGUUGAACCAUCAGACACUAUUGACGCUGUCAAGGCUAAAAUUUAAGAUAAGGAAGGAAUCCCACCUGAUUAAUAAAGACUCAUUUUUGCAGGAAAGUAAUUAGAAGAUGGAAGAACACUUUCAGAUUAUAACAUCUAAAAGGAAUCCACUCUCCACUUAGUUUUGAGAUUGAGAGGUGGAAUGUAAAUUUUCAUUAAGACUCUGACCGGAAGACUGAUCAAUCUUGAUGUUGAAUCUACCGAUUCAGUUGAAUCUCUCAAAAAGUAAAUUCAAGAUAAGGAAGGAAUUCCACCUAAUUAAUAAAGACUUAUUUUUUCUGGUCACUAAUUAGAAGACGAAAAAACUCUUCUGGAAUAUAAUGUAGAAAAUGAAUCAACAAUUCAUUUGGUCUUGCGAUUAAUGGUAAGAUGUAGGUUUAUGUUAAAACUGUUACCGGUCAAACACUCGCAGUAGUAGUGGAAAAUGUACAUACGAUAGAACAUGUCAAAUAAUUAAUAUCAGAUUAGAACGGAAUACCUCCUGAUCAACAAAGAUUAUUAUUCGCAGGAAUGUAAAUGGAUAAUGCUAAGACCGUUUAGGAUUAUAAUAUUUAAUGCGAAGCAACACUUCACCUAAUAUAGAAAGUUUAGAAUUGAAUAUUAUUUAAAUAUUCAUACAAAAAAUGAUUCUAUUUUAAUCUAUAUUGGUUUUAACAUUCAUCAAUUACAUAAUAAGUUCAUGUUUACGUUUUCAUAUAAUUUGUAAAUUAAAUUUUUCUAAUUGUUAUGA